AUGUGUAAGUCUUUGAAUCUAAUUAGUGUAUGCUUUGCUGACGACCUUAUUCUAUUUUGCAAAGGUACCUCCUCCUCUGUGCAAGUUCUUCAAGAGGCAUUUUCUGAGUUUAGCAUAUCUUGGGGUCUUCAGAUUAAUAACUCUAAAUCUCAUAUUUACUUUGGAGGUGUUCCAGCUGAGAUUAAGGCCAGAAUUAUGGUCUGUUCGAAGCUUAUUGAGGGUGUUUUCCCGCUGAAAUAUCUUGGGGUUCCUCUUCGGCCUACCAAAUGGAAGGCCACUGACUGUGAUAUCAUUUUUAAGAAGAUUCAGCUGCUUCUCAAUGUUUGGUCUAGUCGCCAUCUUUCUUAUGCUGGUAGGGUCCAACUUAUUCAUUCGGUUUUGCUUGGAAUUUGGAAUUAUUGGAUGAGUAUAUUCUUGCUUCUGCAGAGUGUUGUUAGGGACAUUGAUAGGAUUUGUAGGCAGUUCCUUUGGGGAGAGACAGGAUCCCGCAGCAGAUUUCAUUUCACCUCUUGGGAGCAAGUUUGUCGUCCUAAGUCUUUUGGUGGUUUGGGGUUUCGAGAGGGGCCUUCUUGGAUCAAGAUUUUGCUUGGCAAAUAUAUUUGGGCUAUUGCUUCUAAACAAGAUCAGCUUUGGGUUAAGUGUGUGAAUUGUAUUUAUCUUAAAGGGGAUAGCCUCUGGGAUCAUGUGUUAAAGCAUGACUCUAGUUGGUAUUGGCGGAAACUUAUUUCCUUCUAUAAUACUGUUUCUCACUCUACUUUGGAGGCAGCUGUGGUAAAGGGUAAACUUCAUUUGGGUACCUUAGAUUUUCUUGUUUUUCGUCAUGUUCCUGUUGCUUCUGUGUUAUGCCCGGUGUGUGGUAUUAUUGAUGAAAGUCAUGGCCCUUUAUUUUUUUAUUGUAUUCUCUCCAAGAAGGUUUUGCAUCUUGUUUCCAGCUGGCUUGGAGGGGUUACUUGGCCUGAGAAUUAUGAGGACUGGAUUGCUUGGCUGGCCAUUUGGAAAUCCGGUUGGCUGCAUCACACUGUGGUUGCAACUCUCGCUGCUUCCAUCUAUUUCAUUUGGUUAAAUCGAAAUUCUUGUUGUUUUGGAGAUAGUUGUUUUACUGUUUGUAAAGUAGAGCACUUGAUUAGGUACUCUGUUAAAGCUAGAGUUCUUAAUAUUUCUUCUAGGCAUUUAUCUACUAGAGAAAGACAAAUGAUUGAGUUUGUGAAAUCCUUGUAA